GUAGUUAUUACACAUUAUUUGUCGAAGAAUCAUGAACAUCUUGUAUCCUCUCUAAUUCUCAAACACCAUGGAUUCAGAAAAGAGGAUCAAGUCCGUAGCAAUCAUCGGUGCCGGUGCAGCAGGAGCGGUUACCGCUGCGGCAUUCAAGGCAGAGAAUUACUUCGAGCGGAUUCAGGUAUUUGAGCGAAGGGAGACAGCCGGCGGCACAUGGAUCUAUGACGCCACGUCAUGGCCCAGUGCCAUCCCCAGACCCGGAAGCCUACCCCCAGAAUCGGAUCCGCCCUUGAACAUUCCGAAUAAUCUCCCGCAGAUCACACCCCCGGCUGGCCAAGAGAGAUUCUCCCAGACGCCAAUUUAUAACUCUCUGACGACUAAUGUCCCAGACAUUGCGAUGUGCUUUUCCGAUGCCAGGUUUGCGUAUGGACCCUUUGUUCCACACUGGAUUCCCCGUCAGUACGUGGAGAGUUACUUCGCUCUCCACAAAACCGAUUCAUUUCUGGUGCUCAACACAACUGUGGAGAGUGUUGCCAGGUUUUCUCCCACGUUGAGAUCCGGGCCCGAUAAAUGGAAACUGACACUUCGAAAACGCGAUUCUGUCCGGCAUGUCGAUAUCUGGUGGGAGGAAGUGUUCGAUGCCGUGGUUAUAGCGAACGGGCAUUAUUCGGUUCCUUACAUUCCCCAUGUCCCAGGGUUGGAAGACUUCACGAGGAAGUUUCCAGGUCGCGUAGUACACUCCAAAUCCUACCGCGUACCGAUCAUUUACUCGUCCAAGAAAGUGCUGGUCAUUGGGAACGCCACUUCGGGCCACGACCUCGCCGCCGAAUUGGUAUCAUAUGCUCGUCUUCCGCUCUAUCAGUCGAGAAGAUCCAAGUCGAGGUGGGACGGCGAUAGACCACCCCGAGGAAUAGAAUGGAAGCCUAUUGUCAAGAAAUACGAGCUCAACGGUAGGGUUGUGUUCGAUGACGACACCUACUUGGACGACGUUGACACGGUGAUCUAUUGCACGGGGUACAAGGCGUCAUUCCCCUUCUGGGAUGCUAAAACCAACGGGCGUCCGCUGUAUGAUUACAAAUCCGGAAAGUUGAUCCGAGGCUACUGGCACACCUUCUUUCAGGAUUUCCCAACUCUCGGGAUAGUAGGUCUCCCACGCUCCUUAACUUUCAGGAGCUUCGAGUACCAGGCCAUUGCACUUGCACGGCUCUUUUCUGACAGAAACUCGCUUCCGCUUCCUCCAUUAGAAGAGCAGGAGAGCUGGGAGAGGGAAAGGGAGGAGGAAACGAAGAGGGAAAGGAGAAAGUUCCAUGACAUCCCGUGGGAGUCCGGGGAGACGAUGGCGUGGUUGGAAGGUCUGUUUAGGAUUGCAGGACUGGGGACAUUGAAAGGGGAGGGCAGGAUACCACCUGUGCUGGGAAAGGACUUGAUAUGGGCACUGGAGCACUUGUCCAAGCACCCCAUACCAGGAAAGGGCAAGGAUGGGGACCAAGACAGUGACAAUGGAAAAGCAGAAGGCGACUGGGUCUUGGUGGAGAGGCAAGAAGGACCCGGGUUAGAUUCACUAGAUUUCUGAUGUCUCUGGGAGGCGAAGAUAGAUCUGAUACAGGCUCGAACUUCUGGUCAAUGAGGC